AUGAUGUCGAAAAGAUUGCUUGUUAUCCAAGUUGGUGCACUGAGCACUUGCCCGAGAAAAUGUGUUGCAUCAGGCUCGGAGGUUUCAAAAAUUUUGGAGGACAGGAUUCUCGGACAUGAAACGAAACUUAAUCUUGAAGAAACCGGAAAAGUUCUUUCUAUUGGUGAUGGUAUUGCCCGAGUUUACGGCCUAAAAAAUAUUCAGGCAGAAGAGAUGGUUGAAUUUGACUCGGGGAUGAAGGGUAUGGCUCUGAAUUUGGAACACGACAAUGUUGGUGUUGUCGUUUUUGGCAAUGAUAAAGUUAUCAGGGAGGGGGAUAUUGUUAAGCGAACUGGUGCAAUUGUUGACGUCCCUGUUGGUGAAGCUCUUCUCGGCCGUGUAGUUGAUGCUUUGGGUUCUCCAAUUGAUGGUAAGGGUCCGAUAAAAGCAAAUGAACGGUCACGUGUCGGUGUGAAAGCACCGGGGAUCAUCCCUCGUAUAGGAGUGCGUGAACCCAUGCUUACUGGUGUUAAAGCUGUUGAUUCGCUUGUCCCUAUCGGUCGUGGGCAGCGUGAACUGAUCAUUGGCGAUCGUCAGACUGGCAAAACUGCAAUAGCCAUUGACACAAUCAUCAACCAGAAACGUUUCAAUGAUGGAAGUGAUGAGAAGAAAAAGCUCUACUGUAUUUACGUUGCCAUAGGACAAAAGCGAUCUACUGUAGCACAAAUAGUUAAACGGUUGACCGAUGCAGGAGCAAUGAACUAUACUAUUAUUGUGUCUGCGACAGCUUCGGAUGCUGCUCCUUUGCAGUAUUUGGCACCAUAUUCGGGGUGUGCUAUGGGAGAGUUCUUCCGGGAUCAUGGUAAACACGCUCUCAUCAUCUAUGAUGACCUGUCGAAACAGGCUGUUGCGUAUAGGCAAAUGUCUUUGUUGCUGCGUCGGCCACCGGGGCGUGAAGCUUACCCAGGAGAUGUUUUCUAUCUUCACUCUCGAUUACUUGAGCGUGCAGCUAAGAUGAACGAUUCUCAUGGUGGCGGCUCGCUUACUGCCUUGCCAGUUAUUGAAACGCAAGCUGGUGAUGUAUCAGCAUAUAUUCCAACAAAUGUGAUCUCAAUUACUGAUGGACAGAUAUUCUUGGAAACUGAACUGUUCUACAAAGGCGUGCGGCCUGCAAUUAAUGUUGGUCUCUCAGUCUCUAGAGUGGGUUCUGCAGCGCAGACCAAAGCUAUGAAACAGGUCGCUGGUUCUAUGAAAUUAGAAUUAGCGCAGUACCGUGAAGUUGCUGCUUUUGCCCAGUUUGGUUCUGAUCUUGAUGCUGCAACUCAACAGCUUCUCAAUCGUGGUGUCCGUCUCACUGAACUGCUGAAGCAGGGGCAGUAUGUACCUAUGGCAAUUGAGGAGCAGGUUGCUGUUAUAUAUGCAGGUGUCAGAGGGCAUCUUGACAAGUUGGACCCGUCGGUGAUAACGAAAUUUGAAAGGGCCUUCUUGGCGCAUAUCCGACAAUCCCAACAAACUUUAUUAGGAACGAUUCGCGAGGAGGGAUCAAUAUCGCCGUCAACUGAGAAGAAGUUGAAAGAACUUGUUACUUCAUUCCUUGCAGGAUUCAAACCAUAA